GCGUGCGCGUGCACGCGAGGCGGGGGCGCCGUGAGCGCGCGUGUGUUUGGGGUGCGCGCGCAGGAUGGCAGUUCUUCUCUGCAGAGAUUGUCCAAAGCCGCAGGGAAAAUGGUGGAAAAUUCACCGUCGCCAUUGCCAGAAAGAGCGAUUUAUGGCUUUGUUCUUUUCUUAAGUUCUCAAUUUGGCUUCAUACUUUAUCUCGUGUGGGCUUUUAUUCCUGAAUCUUGGCUAAACUCCUUAGGCUUAACCUAUUGGCCUCAAAAAUACUGGGCAGUUGCAUUACCUGUCUAUCUCCUUAUUGCUGUAUUAAUUGGUUAUGUACUCUUAUUUGGAAUUAACAUGAUGAGUACCUCUCCACUCAACUCCAUUCAUACAAUCACAGAUAACUAUGCUAAAAAUCAACAGCAAAAGAAACACCAAGAGGGGGCCAUCCCAGCAUUAAGAGAUAUUCCUAUUAGUGAAGUAAACCAAAUGUUCUUUCUUGCAACCAAAGAACUUUGUACCAAAAACUGAAUUGCAUGUAGACAUAUUAACACUAAGCAUUUAUUUAUUAUAAGUUUUUGACAUCAUAAUUCUGACCAUAAUUUUUGACUGUCUGUCUUAUUGAGACAUUAAAAACAUGUAAAUAGAUUUUCUCUUAUAUUAAGUUCAAUUAAUAUUGUCAGUGUUUUCAAAUAUUAGUUAUUAAUGGACAGAAUAAAUAAAAUAUUGCAUUUCCAUAUAA